CUUCUCCAUCUAACGACCGCAGCAGUCAGCAAACCGUUGACUCCGACCACUAUAAGUACCAAACCUUCCCAUCUCGACAUUCCCAUAACCAAACCAAACAUCAUUGGAUCAAUCCCCUUAACAUGAGAAACAUCCUCCUAACGAUUGCCCUCGUCGGGUUCCUAGCCGCAGCACUGCCCAGUAGGGUGGCAGCCCAGGACUGCGGCUGCUCCUCAGACGAGUGCUGCAGCCAGUGGGGAUACUGUGGCACCGGGUGCAGGUCCGGGCAGUGCUAUGCUGCUCCCACGACUGACACCGUGUCAGUUCCUGAUAUCGUCACCGAUGAUUUCUUCAAUGGGAUAAUCGGGCAAGCAGAUGACAGCUGUGUCGGGAAGAGCUUCUACUCGAGGCAGGCAUUUCUGGACGCCUUGGAGAGUUACCCUCUGUUCGGCACAACAGGGUCAGUGGAUAAUUCAAAGCGUGAGAUUGCUGCAUUCUUCGCUCAUGUCACACACGAGACUGGACAUUUCUGCUACAUCGAGGAGAUAGACGGUGCGUCCAAUAACUACUGCGAUGAGACUGUCACGCAGUACCCCUGCAACCCCGACAAGGGCUACUAUGGACGGGGGCCCAUCCAAUUGUCCUGGAACUUCAACUACGGGCCUGCCGGGGAGAGCAUCGGGUUCGACGGGUACAUGUUCCUCCAUCAGUCUACUAGCCGUUCUCUUCUCAUUUUACUUAUCUUAUUAUUCAUAUCCCUUGUUAUGCAGCUUAUCGCCAUUCUUCUAUUUUCACCAUUAUUCUAAUUUGUACGUUGUAAUUUCAUAAUUUUAUUGAGUUUUUAACAUUUAAUCAUCAGAAAGUUCGUAAUCAUACUGACAACAUGAAGUUAUAUGCGCUGUGAAUAUGAAGUCUUCCAAGUGCAGCAGACAGGAAGGCUUCUCCAGAGAUAGAAAGGAGAUAGUUCGUUUGUGCAUAAUUCUCAACGAUGACAUGGUCCGUUUAUGAAAUCUCAAUGCAUCGAGCUCAAUUUGCUACGGCCGAUCGGAAGUGCCAGCCCGAAGUUCUUUCCUGACAAUAAAAAGUUCAUUUCCUUCGAGAUGGAAAUUAACUAGAAAGAGAAAAAAAGAAAAACUCUCAUUCGAAAUGAAUCGUGCUCGUCAGCUAACAAGCAAAUUGCUGGAUGGACCAACCUCUUCUCUGCUGCUGCUGCUAGUUCUCUGAUGUACAAAUGAUUAGCGGAAGAAAAAGUACUUUUACAAACUACUACUACAGGACACGUUCCUUUGGGCCCUCCAUUGAUGAUUCCUUUGGAGCCUUCCCUGCGUCACCAGAUGUUUGCUCGCGCUCUAUGUGAUUCCCCACAACCUCAUUUGCGAACCGGGCAUUGACCUUGGAAGGCGGAACCACCGUAGACACUUCUUUCACCCCCAGAACAAAUAGGUUCUGCCAGAAACGGAUUGAUCCCAGGAUUCUUGUCUUCCUUCGUCUCCAUGGAUGGUCCUGAUCCAUUGCAAGUGAUACCAUGGUGCAAAUUAGACAAAGAAUUCUCCGCUUUCUCAGGUUCUUUCUCCUCACCAGUUUGGCAAAUGGGAAAUUUAGGCAACCAAGAAGGAAUAUGCUUGUGAGGAGGUUCCUCUCUGCUCUGCAGGAAGCUUGGACUCUGCCUCCAAUCUUUCAACGCUUGUCAAAGACUAGACAGCGAAAAUAUGCUUUGUAAUUUUGGUUUUAGUCC